AUGAGAAAAAGAACUCAAAUUCUAAUUCUAAUAUUUUUCGUCGCCAUAUGUAUCAUUUUCAUGUCACUAAAUCAACCAGAACGUUUUGCGGGUAUAGAAUACGACGUCCGCGUCGUCAAUGGCUUCAGAAACAACUCAUCGUUGCCGCUAGUAAUUUGGUGCAGCAGCAAUGGCGACGAACUCGGCGGGCGGGCUCUUCAGGAGGGUGACGAUUUCAGUUGGAGUUUUAAGACCAAUUUUUGGGGGACGAAUCAUUAUUUAUGCACCAUGAAAUGGGAUGAAAGGCGACGAAAAUUUGACGCCUUUAAGGUCCCUAGGGAUAUUUAUCGGUGCAGUCUUUUCAAGAAAUGUUCUUGGUUGGUCACUGAAGAUGGUUUUUAUUUCAGUAACGAUGAAGUAAAUUGGAAGAAAGAUUUUUCUUGGUCCUAA